AUGCAUCAGCAAGACCCCACCGCUGGCAACAACAGUGGUCGGGGCUUCGUCACUGUGGCAGAGGCAUUGGACCGUGCUAUGAAGCAAUGCAUGCAGCGCGGUCUGUUCGAUACUUCUACGUGGCUAGCACAGCUUGCACUUGACGCCAGUGAUAGUGUGCUCCGCCAAACUCUCCGUACAAACGCGCCUGCCGUGCUUUCGCUACAGGACCCGCCUUUGGUUGGGCGAGCGCAUAGGCAUCACGUGGUAGCUUUGGGCCUCAUGCAAAAAGGUGAAUACCUGCGCUGUCAUCAUCACUUGAGUAAUGCCCUUCGGGACUAUAACUCGUGCUUCUCAGCUGGGCUGUCAGCGUCAACGCCGUCAUCCUUAGCGUCGGCGGGGAUCACGGCCUCGCGGACGGAGGAACCGUCAGGAUCUGCAGGAGACGCAGAUGGAGAAGAGGGAGCAACGGGAAGGGAGCACUUCAGCUUUCGGCGCGGCGGUGGCAGAUCAACACCACCCCCCCGCCGCCAGCAGCAGCAUCAACAAUCGCCUUUAUCAAAGAAGGCAACGGUACCUCAGGCUCCUCCUCCGCAGCUGCAGUUCCUUUGCCUGUACUCGCUUUAUAUGGCUGGAGAGUGUGUUAAGACCACGAGCAGUAACCCGCGGAAGACAACGAACCCGCACUUGCGCAUGCUUCGGGGUUUGUUGCUUAGCGCGUUGGAGCGACAACAGCAACAGCAGCAGCAUCAAGGUCCACAGUCGUCACCGACACACCCCAGUUCCUCCGCCAUAAGAGGUUCAUCGUCGUUGCUCUCGGUUUCAUCGCGACCUUCUUCGAGGGCUGGCCCACGGUUAACCCAGACGGGGUCACGGCCUUCCCCUCCGGUAACCCCUGGUGCUGCCGCCGCUUCUGUUGGAGUGGCAGCUUACGGCGAUCCCUUUUUGUGUUGGCUCCAUGGCGUUGUGCUGCGCGACCUGGGAAUGAAGCAGGAGAGCGCUACGUACUUCCUAGCAGCUGUGUGCAAUCACCCCCUGCUUUGGUGUGUUUGGGAGGACCUCUGCACUCUCGUUAGUCGGGAAAAUCAAAUUGAAGAGAUUGAGGCGAUGGUCGGUUCGUUGGAACCGCGGUUCAUGCCAGAGAUAUUUCUCGCCUCGGUGAAGGCUGCGCUGAAUGUCUCACCCAUUUCUUUUGUGCUACCCACAGCGGCACCAGGGGCAGGCCAACGAAGCGCGAGUCCACACUUUGGUGAGAGUACCACCUCGCUGCAGAGUGCCACGCAAGAAUACGGUAGAAGACGCACCCAUUCCCGGCGUGAUGCAGAUGGUAGCAGCAACAGUUGUGUCUCCCCGAGACUGGUGAACUCGUGGGAGGUACUGUUAGAACAGUUCCCCAACAACCUCUUCCUUUUGUCUAACCUUGCUGGGUACUAUUAUAAUGUCAAGAAAGACCUGGAGAAGGCGCACAGCAUAUAUAAGCAGCUUCACGAGGCCAGCCCGUACCGGUUAGAGUCCAUGGAUGACUACUCCAUUGUCCUCUUCCUUCGAGGUGACCGCAUAGGGCUUAGUAGUCUUGCCCAGCAGGUAUAUCAUGUUGAUCCUUUCCGUGCUGAGAGUAACUACGUUGUGGGGAACUACUACGUGCUUAUGGGUGCCCACGAUCGUGGUGUUCUUCAUUUUCGCCGGGCUGUCGCAGCCGAUCCUACGUUCAUUGCCGCGUGGACACUUCUCGGCCACGCAUAUCUUGAGACGAAGAACAGUGCUGCGGCGGUUGAGGCUUACCGUGCUGCUGUUGACCUUGACCAACGCGAUUACCGCGGGUGGUACAACUUGGGUCAGAUCUAUGAACUCCUUCAGUUUUACCACCAUGCGCUGUAUUACUACUGGCACACCACCACGCUGCGGCCGACGGACCCACGCAUGUGGUCAGCUGUAGCUAACUGCCUGGACCGUGAGGGAAGAACUGGGGAGGCAAUGUUGUGUCUUGAACACGCAGAGGCAUGUGAAAGCCCAAAGUCCGAUUUCUACCCCCCGCUCGUUCGCCGUCUUGGGCAGUAUUACCUGAGCAUACGUAAGGUACAACGUGCUGUAACGUAUUUGGAGAAACUGCUUGCCUCAGAGGCGAAGAAGCAUGAAGAUGUGUUGAUGGCCGUGCCACAUGUUGUGACGUAUUACCUUAGGCAGGCGAAGCAGCUACUAGACAUCCCUGCUCGUUCUCCUAGCUACAACCCAGUUCACUACUACGGAGGAAAUUCACUGACGUCAACAGUGGUAAUGGAGACUGGCUGCAACGCUGGUGCUAGCGUUUAUGAUGAUGAUGGCUGUGGCGCGCCACUUUCAUUUUCUGCGACCGGAACACAUCGGGUGGAGUCUUUUGGUAGUGGUCCCGGUGUUAAGGCGGGUGGUAGUUUGGCUGACCAAUGGCUCACCGCUGAUGCUGUUGGGCGGCGAAGUAUUGAUGUACGUUGGGAACAGGCUGGCGCAUGUUUGAGCAUAACGGAGAGGCAUCUGGAGAACCUCGCUGCCGCACUUGGAUUCCCAACUCUACAGGCUGCGGUAGAUAGCACCAUGAAUAGACCUUCUGACUCCAGUGUAAGUGGGGGUGAUGCCAUGCUCGAAGAAGGAAGGAAUCGGCAUGCAGCACAAUUGGCCCACCACUUCCGCGAGCUGAAGAAUCUGCAAUAUUACUUGAGAGACCAGCAACAGCAGGUAGACACGAGUGUGCGUCAGGGAGAACGAGCUUGA